AUGCCACUUGACGCCAAAGACACGAGACGACGACGUAGCAGUAGUCUUGUCUACACCGAACCCCCCGAGUCGCUGGAGCAACUGAGCGACCAGUCCGCCUUGCCAAAUCUCAAUGCAGAAUGGGUCAACGCGAAGGGCGCAUGGAUUAUCCAUUUUGUCCUCAUCAUCACCGGCAAGAUAUUGUUUGAUAUUAUGCCUGGCGUCUCCCAGGAACUGUCGUGGACUUUGACCAACAUAUCAUAUACCGCGGGCUCAUACCUCAUGUUCCAUUACGUGCGCGGAGUGCCUUUCGACUUCAACUCGGGAGCUUACGACAAUCUCAACAUGUGGGAGCAAAUCGAUAACGGAGACCAAUACACUCCUGCCAAAAAGUUCCUUAUGUUCGUUCCUAUCGCGCUGUUCUUGGUUAGCACACACUACACCCACUACGACCUUACAUAUUUCAUCAUCAACACAAUGGCAACAAUAGCUGUGGUUGUUCCCAAACUGCCUUCGGCUCACAGGAUACGCUUCUCGAUAUUCUCACCCCCACCCGAUGACGAAUAGCCUUGCCCGACGCCAUGAGCGAAGAAAAUGUAUAUCUGUUUGUAUUUUUAUUUUGCGGUCGCUAAAGCAUCGAGUGUGGAGUGGACACACAUAAAACAUUGGGUCAGAACGCAUGGCAAUAGUAGUUCUGCGUAAUCGUUCUUUCAUAUUCAUUUAAUGCAUGUUCUCGUUAUUAUUGUUCUCUUAGCACCCCAACCAACGUGAAUUGUAUCUGUUGACUCCGUGGCUGCUAAUGGCAAUUUAGGUUUCCAAGCGAAGGUCGCUGUGUGUACAUC